UAUCACCACAUUCACAUGAUAUGUGAAUAUCCUGUCGUUGAACUGGAUGAUGCACUGCUUUUUUAUUGCGUUGGUAACACCAGAACAAUCCAAAUUGAAUCCACAAUAUUGUGAUGAACCACACCACUCCUCAGGCUCACCUUGUCCAUAAUGGCCCCGUCCUCAUCCUCUUCUUUUUGCCGUUGCUGCUGUCCUUGCUCGCGGCUUUGCUCAAGAUCUUCCACCUACACUUUGGUUCUGGGUCUGGGUUUUGUCACCUUGGGAAUCAGUCGCAUCCUAUUACUAAAAUUCUCGGCCAAUGAAGAAAACAAAUAUGACUUUCUUCCUGCAUCUGUGAAUUUAAUGGCAGAGGCCAUCAAACUAGUAUUUUGUUUAGUGAUGUCAGUACGGGUGGUCAUUCGAGAGGGCCGCUCUUAUAAAGAUUUGGGGUGUUCAUCUGGUGCCUCUUUUCUCAACUACCUGAAAUGGUCUGUUCCUGCAUUCCUCUACUUCCUCGAUAACCUCAUAAUCUUCUAUGUGAUGACCUAUCUGCAACCUGCCAUGGCAGUAUUGUUUUCCAACAUUGUUAUUUUGACAACAGCCAUUCUCUUCCGAGUUGUUCUAAAGAGGCGCUUGUCUUGGGUGCAGUGGGCAUCAUUGAUCAUUUUGUUCCUGUCCAUUGUGUCAUUGACCACUGGCAGUGGUGACCAUCAUGCCAUUGCUGUACAUGGCCUCCACCCAGUCCACAUUUCCACCCCUUCUAACAGCUGCUUAAAAUACGCCCAUCCCAAGCCAGAGCAUCAGAACCAUAAUGAAACAUACUGGAAACGUGAGAUGUGGGACAGCCAGCUCAUACACGGGCUGAACAGCUUCGGUCUGGGUUACAUCCUACUGCUGCUGCAAUGCUUCAUCUCUGCACUGGCCAACAUCUACAGUGAGAAGAUCCUCAAGGAGGGGGAGCAGAUGGAGAGCAUCUUCAUCCAAAACAGCAAGCUGUACAUGUUCGGUUUGAUCUUCAACAGCCUCACGCUUCUCCUGCACUCUGACUACCGUGACCUGACGCUACACUGCGGCCUCCUCUAUGGACACAACAUCUUCUCCAUCGCACUGGUUUUCAUCACAGCUGCCCUAGGCCUGUCGGUGGCCUUCAUUCUCAAGUUCCGCGAUAACAUGUUCCAUGUGCUUACGGGCCAGAUCACCACGGUCAUCGUCACUGCGCUCUCUCUCUUCCUGUUUGACUUUCAUCCAUCAAUGGAUUUCUUCCUGAAGGCACCUGUAGUACUGCUAGCCAUUUUUAUCUACCAUAGCAGCAAACUGAAGGAUCCAGAGUACGCACUACAGCAGGAGAGGCUCAGGGUCAUCAAUGGCGAGGUGUUUGAGAGGUCGAGAGGGGAUGGGGAAGAGUUGGAGAGACUAACCAAGGCUAACACAGAGAGUGAAUCUGAAGAAUCUUUCUGAGUCAGUUUGAACCCAUCUCUCUCUAAUUAUCAUGUAAAUAUUCUGGAAUCAGCCUGUGUAUCUAUGAUGUAUAUGUAUUAUAAUGAAUGAUGAUUGUUUCAGUCACAUGGAAUGUCUGCGUGACAUGCAAAGGGAUCAAAGAGUUGUUCAUUUUUUUCUCUUACAAACUGUGUAAAAAAUUAUGAGCAUGUAUCAAACUCAGGAGGGUUUGUGAAAGUAUUAUGUUCAUUUUCAUUGUUUGAACUAUUCUUGGUUCCUUCAUACAGUAGUUGACUGAAGGACAGAAAGUGAGAGUGCAGGUAUUAAGGUAAGAGGAGCUUGUUUUUAAUGUACUAUUGUGCAUGCACAUGUCGUAUAUGUUGACAAAUGAUCUUAGAAAAAUACUUGGAUUUCUGCAAUAAUAAAAUCCACUUUUUAAUACUAUAUGCUGAAAUAUGUAUAGUUUUUAUUUAAAUUCUUAAGCAACUGCCAAUAUAUUACUGGCCAGCAGAAGGAGACAAAGCAAAGAAAAAGUCAAACUA